CAUACAUCUGCAUACACUCAUAUUUUCACCUUCACUUUACACACACUCACAUUUAUAACCACAAUAUGACCGACAAACCCAAUUCCAAUUUCCAAUGGAACUACCACCCAACUCCUUUGCUCCUACUUUUUCUCAUUUCCACAACCACCUCAUCUCCAACACCACCUCCGCCGCAACCCUUGCCGGAGCUACCUUCAUCACCACCACACAUUUCCACCCUCAAACCAAGCAUGACUAUAUUAAUUGGAAUCAUAACCACUAUAUUUUCAAUUACUUUCCUUUUACUCCUUUAUACUAAACAUUGCCGUAGAAACUCGAAUAGUUCAAGUUAUCCGAGACAUACUGUCUCGGUUCAUUUAACCGACAGAAUAAACUCAGGAAUAGACCGAACAAUUAUCGAGUCUCUCCCGGUUUUCCGGUUCGGUUCAUUAACGGGACAAAAAGACGGCUUGGAAUGCGCCGUCUGUUUGUCCCGUUUUAACCGCAACGAAAUGUUGCGGUUGUUGCCUAAAUGUAAACACGCUUUCCACGUGGAGUGUGUUGACACGUGGCUUGACCAACAUUCCACUUGCCCGCUUUGCCGGUACCGGGUCGACCCGGAAGACAUUUUUCUUAUAACAAAUGAGGAAAACAAUUCUAUUUAUGAAAAAGAAGAAGAAAAAGAAAUAAUUCCAAGACGUGUCUCUGGCAGACAUUCAUCUGCCGGAGAGAAAAGAACACAGAUCUCCGUGUUGAAGGAUUCAACACGGAGAUCUUUAGACAGUUUUAGUAGAAAAAAGUUCGUCAGAAAAACGAGAAAUAAAAAAGAAGAAACAACGCCGAUGAAACACAGAAAGGACGGAAUGUUAUUGGAAGAGAGUAAAGAAACGAGGAGGUUUGAGCAUAGGAUAGUAGUGGGGACAGGUGGCGGAGGGUACAGGUGGAGUGACGUACAGCCGUCGGAUCUUUUGUAUUUAAGAUCAGAAAUGAUAUUGAGUGAUCAUGUGCGGAGAUUGAAGAGAUCUAGACCGUCCGUUUUGCAUGAGGUGGGGAAUAAUAAUAACAAUAAUAAUAAUAAUGGUGGUUUGUGGCAGAAUGUAAUAAAUUCGAGAAGUGUGUCGGAAAUGACAGGAUUGAGUAGGUUUGGAAAUAAUGAAAUGGUGUCGAGGUGGUUGGCUCGUUUUUCUGAACCUAAAUCCCAGCGUAAUUCUUCUUCUUCCAACGUUUAGUUCACAAGACACAAGUUAUUCUUUGACGAUUUCGGUAAACGGGGCAGAUUAUUUGAGAAUUACGAGUCUUGUAGUUAUUUUUUGAUUAAUUUUCUGACCAUUUUAAUAUGUUUGGAUAGGAUAAUUUUUGAUGAUUUUGGUCUAGACUCUAGAGUAGAUUUAUCUUGCACUUUGGUUGAAUCCAUUAGGAUAUUUUAGUUUUAAACAUUU